UUGUAGCAGCAUUUUAGCGCGUGAGUUCAGUGGCUAUUAGACAUCGCUGUGUAUCAGUCGUGUUCGCCAUGUGACCAGCGGAUAGUGAGCCAGUGCCAGCCCCUGAUCAGUGACCAGUGACCACCAUGUUCGGGCUGAUCAUCAGGAUAGUUGGCAAGAAGGUCCUGGUAAUCUUCAGACAAUUUGGUCGUUCAAAGAUACUCCUAAUAUUGCUGCCUUUAGUGUGGGGGCUGGUAGCUUUCGGGCCCGCCAUCUGGUGGCUGGCGAUGGAAACUAGCAGAUACCUCCUGCUGCCAUCCGCGCCCACUCAGUUGCUGGAGCAUUAUCGAAGGAAUAGAAGCUUGCACUAUUACUUGGAUGGCAUCCAGACCCUCAUCGAGCCAUCAUUGCUUCCCUGCACGAGCCCCGAUGAGAUGGCGGUGCUGGUGCUGGUGGCCAGCGCCCCCAUCCGCUUCGAGCACCGGCAGGCUGUGCGCAAGACCUGGGGCGCACAUCUACCCACAUACUUCGUGCUCGGUCUGCAGGGAGACGACAUUGAUGAGCAGCUGGUAGACAAUUACGUAGAAGGGAAGCAGUACAGUGACCUGAUAGUUUUUGACUUCCAAGACCAUUACCAGAACCUGACGCUGAAGACAGCGCUGAUGAUGAAGUGGAGCCUGCACCGAUGUCCUCAAACUCAGUUCUUGUUUAAGACUGAUGAUGACGUCAUGGUAAACCCUUGGACACUCCGUAAAGUGUUGAAGGAGAAUGAAGAUGCACCGCUACUAGGCUACAACAAGCGGGACUCGUACCUGCACCGCGACGAGUACAAGAAGUGGUUCACUCCUCGGUGGAUGAUGCGGGAGGACCACGUGUCGCAGUACCUCAGCGGCACUGCGUACCUUAUCAGCGGGGACUUCAUAUCAAAACUGUUGAAGAAAGCCUAUGAGGUGCCGAUGGUGAACCUGGAGGACGUAUACUUCACUUACCUGGUGGCACACCGGCGGCUGGGGCUGCGGCUGGUGCACGAGCGCCGGCUGAGUCCAUACAAACCCUGGUUGAAGGUCACCUGCAUCUACUGGGACUUGGCUUCCGUGCACAGCAUGGAACCUGACGAGAUGGUCACCGCGUGGACCAAAAUAGAACAAUAUGGGAAGAUGGAUAACCACAGCAAUCUUUGUUGGUUUUUUAACACGUAUUUAAGGGACUUCAGUGAAUUCGCGUUGUAUUGAGGAUAUUUUCACGAUUUGUGGUGGAUUUUGAUGCCAUUGAUUUUUGAUGGAAUAGUGAUCACAGUGAUAGGAAAUAUUUCCUAACAAAAUCCAUUUGUAAAUUGUUGAAUCGAAUAUAAAUAGUCUAUAUUCGUGCGAGAUUCUGUGUUUAAACAAAUGGGGUUUUGUAAGGCUGAUUUAUUGCCUAGUCUAACUAUCUAGACUAAGAAAUAAAAUUGGAGUGUCUGUUUGUAAUAGUGAAACAACCCGUUUUUUACUACAUGCAUAUGAAUAUACGUACGAUAGUAAUAUGACAAAUGCGAAAGUUUGUAUGUUUGUUUGCUUGUUUGUUACUCAAUCACGUCAAACUCUUACUGAAUAAAAACCACCCCGUUUAGAUUACGAUUAGAUUAUGACCAAGAUUAUUCCAAUAACACAUAUGUUUUUUAUCUCACGGGAACCCGGGUGAAGCCGCGGGGAGAAACUAGUUUAAUAUAUUGAGAUAAGUUAUUAUGUAAUGUUCUAUGUACCUGAUAUUUUGUAAAUAUAAUUAAGUAAAGUCUACUUGUGGUUUAUAAAUAAAUGUUUUUGAGCUUUC